CUUGCAGCCACCACGCGCCUUACCCACGCAUCUAUAGGUCUGAAUAGCUGAAACCACGGAAAGAGCUCUAGAUUGUCUCCGCGAUCGAUUUCAAGUCCUGUAAAGGAGUGCGACCGUCCAAUACAAGGAAGAACAGAGACGAGGCGGGGAAGCCUGCGGAGCUGUCAAGAUGCCGAAGAAAGCUAUCGACUCUCGAAUUCCGGCUCUGAUCCGAAACGGUGCUCAGGAAAAGAAACGAAGCUUCUUCGUGGUAGUCGGUGACCGCCAGAAGGAUGUCAUCGUCAAUCUCUACCAUAUCCUGCUGAACGUUGACGUUAAGCUGAACAAGUCAGUCCUCUGGGCAUACAAGAAUAAGCUGCUCGGGUUCUCGAGUCACCGUAAGAAGCGUGAGAAGAAGAUCAAGAGCGAGAUCAAGCGCGGCAUCCGCGACAUCGAUACCGAAGACCCCUUCGAACUGUUCGUCUCGACACAGAACAUCCGCUAUGUCUACUACAAGGAGACCGAGAAGAUCCUGGGUAACACAUACGGCAUGUGUAUUCUACAGGACUUCGAGGCGCUCACGCCGAACCUGCUUGCGCGCACAAUCGAGACGGUCGAGGGAGGCGGUUUGGUGAUUCUGCUGUUGAAGGGCAUGAACAGCUUGAAGCAGCUCUACACAAUGUCUAUGGAUAUCCACUCGCGAUACCGGACCGAAGCGCACAGCGAUGUCGUCGCCCGAUUCAACGAACGAUUCCUUCUUUCUCUCGGGAAAUGCGACAGCUGCUUGGUGGUGGACGACGAGUUGAACGUGCUUCCCAUUUCUGGUGGGAAACACGUCAGGCAGCUCCCGCCUCCAGACGCGGAGCUCGAGGGCAAGACACCGAAGGCCAAGGAGUUGGAAGAGAUAAAGGAGUCGCUGGCAGACACACCACCAGUCGGCGACCUGGUGAAGCUGGCUAAGACGGUGGACCAGGCAAAGGCGCUCCUCACAUUUGUGGACGCGAUCGCAGAGAAGACACUACAGAGCACCGUGACGCUGACAGCGGCGCGUGGUCGCGGAAAGUCUGCGGCACUUGGUGUAGCGAUUGCGGCUGCCAUUGCACACGGAUACAGUAACAUCUUCAUCACAUCGCCGAGCCCCGAGAACUUGAAGACACUUUUUGAGUUCGUGUUCAAGGGAUUCGAUGCGCUCGGGUACAUGGAACAUCAGGAUUACAACAUCCUGCAGUCGACACAUGCGGACUUCAACAAGGCGAUUGUUCGCGUCAACAUUUACCGACAGCACAGACAAACGAUUCAGUACAUCCAGCCGCAGGACGCGAACCAGCUCGGCCAGGCUGAAUUGUUGGUCAUUGACGAGGCCGCAGCGAUUCCCCUGCCGCUGGUGCGCAAGCUAAUGGGUCCUUACCUCGUCUUUAUGGCUUCCACAAUCAACGGUUACGAGGGUACCGGGCGUUCGUUGUCGCUCAAAUUGAUCAAUCAGCUCCGUGAGCAGUCGAGAGGGCGGAAGACUAAUGGCUCGUCAACAGUGGUAGACAGGGCGACAGGAAAGGAGAGCAAGGAUGGGACAGAGCCUUCUAUGGCUGGCCGCUCGCUGCGCGAAAUCACACUUUCGGAACCCAUUCGAUACGCGCAAGGCGAUUCUGUCGAGCGGUGGAUGAACGACCUCCUCUGCCUGGAUGCUACUCUGCCGCGAUCGAAGCUCGGAACUCAAGGAUGCCCGCAUCCCAACGAGUGCCAGCUGCUCCACGUCAACCGCGAUACCCUCUUCUCGUACAAUCCGGCCGCUGAGAAGUUCUUGCAGAAGAUGAUGGCCCUAUACGUUGCCAGCCACUACAAGAACACACCGAACGACCUCCAGCUGAUGUCCGAUGCGCCCGCCCAUCAGCUCUUUGUCCUUACCGCACCGGCUGAGGACAACAAGCUUCCAGAACCUCUCUGUGUCAUUCAGGUAGCGCUUGAAGGCCAAAUCAGCAGAGAAAGUGUUCUCAGCAGUCUAAGCCGCGGACAGAGAGCAGGCGGCGAUCUGAUCCCUUGGAUCGUCUCACAGCAGUUCCAGGACGAGAACUUCGGCUCCCUUUCCGGGGCGCGUGUGGUUCGUAUCGCCACAAACCCCGACUAUGUGAACAUGGGUUACGGUUCGCGAGCACUUUCUCUGCUUGUAGACUUCUACGAUGGGAAGCUCGCGUCCCUGUCCGAGUCUGCGCCUAGUGAGAUUGAGACAAUGAAGCGCGUUACAGAAGACGAGCUCGAGUCUGCGACUCUUCAGACAGACACGAUCAAGGUUCGAGAGGCAUCUGAGAUGCCGCCACUCUUCGCACGCCUGUCUGAACUCGCGUCCCCCAAGCUCGACUACGUUGGUGUCAGCUACGGGCUGACCAGUCAGCUGCACAAAUUCUGGAAACGCCAGCAAUUCGUGCCCGUCUAUCUGCGGCAAACACCCAACGACUUGACUGGCGAACACACAUGCAUCAUGCUGCGUUCGCUGGAGACAACAUCGUCAGAUGGAUCCUGGGUCGCAGCCUUCGCAAAGGACUUCCAGAAGCGCUUCCUCUCCCUCCUCUCGUACCAGUUCCGCAGCUUUCCCUCCGUUACCUCGCUCAGCAUUGAAGAAUCGGCCUCGCACGGCGCAAACCUCGACGCGGAGCUGCAAGCCGCACCGAUGACCAAAGCAGAGCUCGACGCGCUCUUCAGCCCCUUCGAUCUGAAGCGGCUGGACUCGUACGCCAACAACAUGCUCGACUACCACGUCAUCCUUGACAUGCUGCCCUCGAUCGCGACGCUCUACUUCACCGGGCGGCUCAAGACACAGAUCAAACUGAGCGGCGUGCAAGUGGCGCUGCUCCUCGCGGUCGGGCUGCAGCGCAAAGAAUUCUCCGAGGUGGAGAAGGAACUCAAGCUCUCGUCGUCGCAGCUCAUGGCCAUGUUCGUGAAGGUGGUCCGCAAGGUCGCCACGGCGUUUGGCGGAAUCCUCGAGGGCGCAGUCCGAGAGGAGAUGCCCGAGGCAAUGGAAGUCGAGGACGACACCGCCGCCCACGGCGACGUGGUGGCGGACUCGCGGUUCAGGCCGCUGGAGAAGGAUCUGCAGGAGGAGUUGCACGAGGGCGGCGAGGAGUUCCUCGCUGACCAGGAAGAGCGCGAGCGAGCGAAGGCGCUCAUUGACGCUUUGCCGCUGCACAAGUACGAAAUCGGGGCUGCAGCCGACGACUGGACCGAAGCCGAGCGGUCGGUGGCCAAGGCGUCGACGUCUGGCGGCAUGGACAAUCUCACCGUGUCGGUCAAGACGGGCGAGAAGAAGAGGAAGGCUGGCGAGGCGGUGGCCGAGGCGUACAAGGAGUCGGAAAAGCACAAGGAGAAGAGCGAGAAGAAGCACAAGAAGGCGAAGCAGAGCAGGAGGUAGAGUGUCGGCCGAGGGACGGAUGGCAAGGUGGUGUGAGGGUGCAUGGGCAGGUGUUGAAGGCGUUUGAUAUCCUCGCAAAAGAGGCGUGUUUGGAUCUUGUACAGCGAAAUGCACACACUUGUACGGAUAUCUUGAGCAGUCAUUCACAGGAUGCUUGUUGGAAUUGAUGUAUAUAUGUAUAUAUAA